CUGUAGAGACUCAUUUCUAACCCAGUAAAAAGCAGUCAGGGGAGAAAAGUCCAACUGGGGGUGAUCCUCUGGAGAGGAGAUGCAGAGGCGACACGACAGAAACGCCAGCAAGAACAGAGACCACUUCACUGAACAAGAAAAGGGAAGCAGAAUGAGCUCAGAGAGAAGGGUUGGAAGGCAUGAGGUGUGGUCCUGGACAACAGCCGCCAAGGAAUUCUUGUGUCUCAUGUGGCAAAAAGUGAAAGUCCAGCUAAUGUUAAGCAUGUCUUUCCUCGCCGCUGUUUUUUGGUAUUGUAGAAGGCUAUACAGCUUCCUARCACAGCUACUGAAACGGUGGAGCAACUACCUUCAGAGAAAACUCAUAAGGAAUCUCAGUGUGCUGCCAGAAGUUGAUCUACUUGGUUAUAGUGUGAGAGAAUGGAAAGGAGAAACCAAGCARGCCAAGCACAUGAGGGAGGCAUAUGAAGAGUUGUUUAGGACCCAUCAUGUCAAAUACCUGAGACAAGUCAAGAGGGACAACUAUAGUGUAGUGAGAGCGGUGCUUUUUCAGAUAUUCAGCCAAGGCRUUCCUUUUCCUUCAUGGAUGAAGGAAAGAGAUAUAUUGAAGCUCCCUGAAAAGCUUUUGUAUUCUCAAGGUUGUAACUGGAUUCAGCAAUACAGUUUUGGGCCAGAAAGAUACACGGGUCCCAAUGCCUUUGGGAAGCUGCGCAAAUGUAUGGAGGCAUUAAAGACAAAUUGGRCUGAAAUAAGUGCUACAAAAGAUCAUGAAGAAAGAGGAAACAUGUGUCAUAUACUAUUYUCUGAUGAAAGCAAGGAAUACAAACUAUAUGAGGCUGUAAAAUUCAUCAUGCUCUAUGAAGUUGUCGAAGCCUAUGAGCAGAUAAAGAGUAGGGGAGGACCUGUACACAACCUUUUCAGCCUUCUCUUUGCUCGUGAUUCUUCGUCUGACCCUCUGAGUUUCAUGAUGAAUCAUCUGAACUCCAUAGGUGACUCUAUUUGUCUAGACCAGGUUGAUCUGUUUCUUCUUGGAUACUUACUUCAAGUAAAGAUACGAGUUUACAGACUGCAUAGGUUUAAUACUGAGGAAUUUCAAGUAAACUAUCCAGAUGAAUACCGAAGGGAAUGGAAUGAGAUUUCUCUCCUGACUGAGGAUGACCGCUACUAUCACAUCCCCCUUUACAGAACGUGA